AUGUUCCAUGUGAACUUCAGCGGCGGUCUGGUCGAGAUCGCGGCUCUGACUGCUGUGAUCGGGGGCUCGACUGCUGAACUGAUUGCUCUAGGGAAUUGCGGCGCUUGCGGUUUGCCAUGGGCGGCUCUGAGCUCCUUUGGGUCGAUCUUCAUCGUCAAAGCAUGCAUAUCCGCCUGCACACCAGGAUGGCUUCGAGAUACCGUUGGUGUGAGAACCAGUGGCUCUGAUAAGGCUAUUGGGUGUUGCAUGAGUCUGAGUAGGAAGGCAAACAGUCGCGUAGUCACUGGCAGUGCUGUUGGAGUGACGGUGAAGUGGACCAAGACCAGCGAAGGUUCUACUUUGAUAACCGCUGGGAGCGAAGAUUUCGAAGAUGUUUACGCUUUCGAUGAAUGGACGGCCGGCCCGUUGCGAUCUUGUGCAGUAAUGCAACCUGGGGAGCAUCUACAAGCUCACGUCUACAUGCGAGAUCAUUACUGGGAGAUUGUACAACGCUCACAGACCAGAAACGACUGGAUAAUUACGUUUGCAACCUUGCUGAAGGUCGUAGAGAUGUAUCUGCUCUACCACUUCGGCUCUCGACGCGUCUUCCUGGUUACUGGAGUCAUCUGGGCGUACACCUUCUUCUCGGCGAUCGCGUUGCAGUUGUUUCACGUCGGAAGAGCUACAACACCUGGCGAGCAGUCAAGACAUUUUGAUGUCGUCUCUGGGUCGCUGCCUACACCAGGUCGCGCGUGGCAGAUAUUCUGGAUUAUAGGCGCCGCCGUUUGCAUUACUUCCCUUCUCGGCACAUACGCCGUUCUUUCGAAUGAGCCGGCCGUUUGUUUCCGGAUCUGGCUUGGUUUCCAGGUCAUCUGGCUUGCGCUUCGAUCGAUCUUCUUUCACUUCGCACAGCAGGUAGACGACAUGAAACACAUCAUUACACCGAAAAUAACGGACGAGAACCGGCCACCCGAGUUAAGUUUGCGGCUACUCGGACUGGCGGUUGGGGUGUCGAAGCACCAGAUUCUGAACCACCCCCGCGGCGUGCUCAGCUAUGCGAACGACGCGCAAGAUCCCGUGAUUAUUAGGAGGCUCUUGAGCGACGCCAAUUUGGAGUACACAGACUACUUCGAGCUUCCAACGCGCGCAGAUUCAGGAUCGGAGCUGGGCGUCACUGUGGUCGGCGUCAUUGGUGACACUUUACUCUCAAGUGUCGCAUGGCUCAUGGGCUCUCCUCUGGCCGGGAUGGAUCUUUACGAUUCAUGUAUUUUGGCUGUCCGUGUCUCUGGCGCGAUACAACUGAUACCGUCGUGUCGCGUGCUCUCCGGUCGCAUCGCCGACGAACAAGUCCCGGACCCCGAGACGACGUUGCCUUCCAACUUCCGACCCAAAGGCGCAGCGAACGAGGGUUACAACAGUAGCUGGUGGUACUGGAUACCAUGCGGCGAGAAGAAGUGGUUGUGGUACAGCACACCAUGGGCGACUACCACAAAGGUCGACUUGGGUAUCACGGGUACGAAGAAGAUGACAGUCACGACAGGAGAUGACAUCACCAAAGAGCUCUUGUCCGGGACGUUGCAGAUCAGUAUGAGCGACGUACAAGCCGUUGAAGAUGCUAUCGCGCAGUCUGCGAGGGCGGGUACAAUUCUGCGGAAUAUGUUAAGAGAAGAUUUCACACGAUUCGAGAAGAGCGCAGAAUCGUAG